AUGCACAAGAUGGAGACACCUAAUGGAAUAUCGGAUUCAACCAAUAAUAGUAAUAUUGCUAAAAAAGGUCAACUACUGCCACCUCCAGAAAUACCUCAUAUCACCAACAAUAUACUUCCAUUGUCACAUGUCCUUAAAUAUUAUACUCAAGAAGCGUACAAGCAAUUAACAAGACUAAUAGAAAAUCUAUCAUUAACAACACAUUCAGAAUCAGAUGUUGAACGAAAGAAGAAGUUUCUUGAAAUAAUUAUUCAAUUACGACAAGAUUUUAUCAAAAUAUAUACCUUAGUUAAAUGGUCAGCAAAUGCCAAAGAUGUUGGUAAAUUUAUUGAUUUAUUAAAUUGGUUUAGAAUGCAAGAAUUCUAUUUUGAACAAUUGACUUUUCAAUUAAAUGCUUUAAAUGGCUUUAGUGGUGCAAAAUUACCAAAUUCUGAUUUAUUCACAGCAUUAGAAGUAUUAUUUAAAAAGAGACCUCAAUUACCUUCAUACAAUCAUAUUAAAUCAAGUCCAAUUAGUCCUCAGAAAACUUUGGAAGUAUUGAAGGAUUUAAAUUUGGCAUUAAUGACAAGAUUUGCAUUGAUGGAUAUACCGACGCGAUUUUUGAAUAAUUAUGAUAUAAAAGAUGGAAGAGUAUAUAUCUCAGUUCCAAAUGAAUUUCAAGUUAGCAUUACUGUAGGGAAUGAAUUAAUAAUUGAUGAUCCUAAAGAUUAUCAUAAAUCACCAUUUUACUUUAUUGAUUUCAAAUUCUUAUUUGGAAUUAACCCAGAGACAUUAUUAAUAACUCAUAGAGAUAAUAAAAUAAUCACAAGAUUACCACCUAGUUCUCAUGCAAAAUUGGAAAAAGUUGCCAAUCAAAUCUUAUUGAAUCAAGGAUUGGAAGGCUUGUAUGAAUUACUACAUAAAUAUUCCAUUUCAUUUAAAUUAUAUCUUAUUGCCAAACAGCUAAAAGAAUUAUUGAUAAAUACAAGAUGGAGAAAUAAUAUACAGAUCAAUUAUCAAAAUGGAAAGUCUUUAAUUAUUGUAAAUUAUUGGUCUUCACAUUAUCUUUCCCGAAAUUGGAAGUCAUUCUUAGAAUUGGGAAUUGAUAGGAAUUAUAAUUUAAAUUAUAGAUGGUUUAAGAAUGGGAAAUAUGAUUUACAAAAUUCAUUUGAUGAAAUCUUUCAAAGUCGCUUUGCCAAUAAUGAAGAAGUAUAUCAUCAUACCAAUGAGAAUGAUUAUGAAAAUGCAAUUAUUGAUGAUGAUAGUAUGGACAAUGACGAAGAUUCACCAGAGGACCUAAACGUCGAUCUUAUCUUAAACGUGGUUGUCAAUAAACAUGCGGAACUACUCAUGGAUCAAGUAUAUCACAAAUUAACAGAAAGAUUUAAUGACGCUGCCACGGGCGGUGGGGAGCAAAUCUCCAUGAUUAAUUGUCAUCAAUUGUUAUUAAAAUUGUCCCCUAAUAAAUCAACCAUUUUUGCAAUUAAUCCAUUAACAGGAUAUUUCUAUUUUAUUGAUCCAUCACCUUUACAAAAUCAAAUCACGAAAAAGAUAAACUCCCCACCUCCUCCAGGACUGAUUAUUAAUAACAAUAAAAACUUCACGACUGAAGCAGAUAUGAUAAAUUAUGUGAUUGAUCAAUUGAUUCAAUUAAGAUUAGAGGUAUUUACUAAAGAGAUUAAUAAUAAAUUAUUCACAACAGAAUGGAUUAAUAAUGAUAUCAUAACCCUAAAUGAUUAUGAAAACAAUAAACUCUCGAUGAAUUCAAAUAUAGGAAUUAGCAAGAUCCAAUUCUAUCGUCGGAAAAAUUGGCCAUCAUCUUCAUGGUUUUUGAUUAAUCUUGUCAGUGGAAUAACCACAACUACUUUCUGGUGGGUAGCCAGAAUAAAAUCAAUCAAAGGGGAAUGGAAAAUCCAAUGGGUACAAAAAAUCAAAUUUGACCAAUCAUUGUCAAUGGGUGAAGAAGAAGGAGGUGAUGAUGAUGAUGAUGAGCAAGAGGCCAAUGGUGGAGUUAGUCCACAAUAUUUAAAUUAUGAAUUCUUUACGAAUUUAUCCACAUUAUGUGCCAAUAUGAUCAUUGAUCAUGUUAUUCUUGAAGAAUUACAAUUUAGAAAUAUCAAGUUUUUGAAAGUUAACCAGAUUGAAGCAGUAUUGCAUAAAUUUCAUAUUGAUGGUAUUCCUCAAGAUGAGAAUGUCGAUGAAGAUGAAAUAAUCAAAAGUGAAGAUGGAGUUCCAGUAUCAGCAAGAGAUAAACCAUUGAUUUAUGAAUCCGUUAUUAUGAUAUAUAAUAACAAUGACUUGUUGCCGAUAUACAAUUCCUCCACUAGUUUAUUCCUCAAGAUCAAAUUAAUCAACCAUCAUAAUACAAGUUUAAUGAAAUUACGCUUAUUCGGAACCUUGCGUAAUUUAUCCCUCAAGACUUCCCCGGCCAAUUUUCUUGAAUUGAAUUUAAGAAUCAAUGAAACAAAACAAUAUUUCCAAAUAGAUGAUGUGAUCAAUUUGUCGAAUACAACAGCCACCACUAUGAAUGACACCAGAGGGAUUGGGGUUGAAUCAAAUAAUCAACUUCUUGAAAAGUUAUUUAAUAACUUGAAUAAAUUUGGAAAAUUGAUCAAGAUUGUUGAUCAAUUAAGUAAAAAUAAUAUUGAGAUUAUAAAUAACAAUUCAGUUAAUGAUAUCACCAUAAAAGUGGACGAUGGAAAAUUGGGACAUAUAUUGAUUAAAUUACCCGAAUCUGCCAAUGAUUCAAUUAGACUCAUGCCGGGAAAUGCCUGUGCCAAGGAAGUGGAAUUAAUUUUACAAUAUAUUAACGGAUACUUGAAGAGUACUUCUAUUGGAACUAGGGACAAAAAUUCAAAGGUUACACCUUCAAUUGUUGGUAUAAUUCGUUAUCUCCAAGAAAUAAUCCCCAUUAUAAACUCAAUAAGCCAGAUUAAACAAUUAGUCUCAUCGAAAAAGUUCAGAUUGCCAAAUGGAUUACCGAAAUUGAAUUUCGAUGUUAUGUUCAAUAGCUUGGAUUCGGUACAGUAUAUCUUUCAUCUAAGUUCUGCAAACCCAACCAGUUCCAAAAAGAUUGUCAAGGAUAGAAUUGUGAUUAAUGUAAGUUUCAAACAAAAUAAAUUUGAUACAAUAAGACGAAAUUUGAUUAAGAUCAGUUUGAAGGAUAAUUUAAAUCAACGAAACUUGAAAUAUAAGAAAUUAUUUGAAUUGAUAUUUAAAUCUAUAUCCGACUUUGAUUUACUGAGAAAUAAAGAGAAUGAUGAAGUGUUGGUUAAAUUGAAUUAUGAUUUUUUGGUUAGUAUUAACAUUGCCGAAGAAAUCAUGAAUCGAAUUGGAAAUAGUUUUAUGCAAUAUCUACAAUUGGAAUCUAAAUAG